ACCCCUAUGCCAAUUUUUCAACAGUAUCUAUAUUAUACUAAUUAUUAUUGUGACACGUACAGACACAACACGAUAUUUUUACAUGGGAAUUUGGAGAACGAUGGCCGACGGGGAACACACAUUUGCGUACAAUAUUUUUCAGGCGUCACCAAAAAUGAAUACGUUUGGAUACGUAAUAUUUUUAAACUAAUAUCACGUUCGGGUACCAAUACGUUUGGUUAAUGUCAGUAAUAUUCACAUUCAUGAUUCGUUCUGUUCAGUUUAGGAAAACAAAUCAAUCGAACCGCCAAAUAUUUAACUGAACUACCUACCUAUUGAGUGAUUGAAUGAAUAAAGAAAUCUGUAGAGUCAUAUAUUAUAAUUUAUAUUGAUGAUGCAGGUGUAAUAUAGAUUGUAGUCACUAGUCGAUGAUAGUAUCUACGUGCAUUCCGACAUUACGUUCCUAUACCUAUAUAUUCGUAGUCACGUGUAACUUUUAUUCUAUAUGUGUCCAAACGCUGUGUCUAUUGACUAUUUGUACCCAAACGUGCUUUUAGGUCGAUGUGCCUAAACGUUCAGCGCCCAAAAUAAUACGGUCAAUGGUGGGGGGAAUGCCCCAUUACCCCCCUUCCCACUAUGGCAACACCACUGAGCGACGCAAUUUUAUUCGCUACAAAUAAAUAGUAGCACGCUCCAAUACAGCCUACAAUUAGCAUACUACUCACGACCACUGGCUAUAAAAUGGUAAAUACAGAAAUAUAGGCGUAUAAACUAAUAUGUACGUCAAACUUUUCCUUUUAAAACUGAUAAAAAUCUGAACCCUAAAAUUAAUUGGGCCCUUUCCUUUAACAAAAAGAAGUGCGGCAAUAAAUAUUUAAUUCCUACAUAAUAAUUGAAAAUAUAAAAAUUCUAUAAGAAUAUACAAUUUUCUAGUAACUUUAAAAAAAUAAUUUUGAAAAAAAUAUUGGGUUUUCACUUGCGUUAGAUGUGAAACUCCCUAAUAUAAGAGGAGUAGGACAUUUUUAGGCUGAUGAAUAAAUUAAAAAUUGAAACAAAACAAACAAAUCCCCCCUCCCACGUUUGUUGUAUUCACAAAGAAGGCUUUUCCCAUGGUUGGGCAUGUAACUAAGUUAAGUAACUCGGUUACUACCACUUACUUUUGUAACUUGUAACUUUUAACUAGUUCAAUAUUUUCUCGUAGCUUAUGUAAGUUACAACUUACAAGUUACAAUUAAAUAUUAAAUUGUGCUUUUUGUGCUUUGAUAAGUGGGACUGCAAAAGCAAAAUCAAAAAGUUUAAUUCGUCCAUUUUGAUUUUCACAAUUAAUCUGGCCAGUGGUUACAAAAUUAAUUUCCCAACAUGCUAACUUACUAUUUACCAUGAUAUACAAGUUAAUAAUAUAUAAACAAAAGGGACAAUAAAUAUAUUUAGCUAUAUAGGUGGAAUAACUAUACAAUAUACAUAUCUAUAGGUACACCUACCUAUGUACAUUAUUCCCUCAUUAGUACACGUUGUUCAGUGUUCUGUGUACAUUAUAUUCUUAUUAUCACUUCUUAUAGCCAGUAAGAAAAGAGCUUUUCUCAAGUAUACAUUAAAAAGUAGAAAAAAAUUGUUGUUUUAUACUCGUCAAUUUAAUUGAAGUAGUAUUCACAGUAUGUACGAUGUGUCGAUGUGUAUAUACAACACUACAGUCGAGUGUUUCAUCAAACGGUGGUCAAAAACGAAAACAAUAAUAUAGCCUAUAGGACAUAGGUAUAUAUUAUAUCUAUAUAGACAUCGGGUUAGGUGUGUCUUUAUAAUUGCGUCUCGCUGUUUACACUGCACAACUAUUACAAAUUUACAAUACUGACCGCAACGUCAUCAUGAUGGGUUAAUCACUAUAGAUAUAUAAUAUAAUAGGUAAGUCAAAACGUUUUAUAUGGGUAAUGUAUUAUAUAGGUCUUGGGGCCGCAGCAGACGCUUCUAAGUAUAUUAUAGUUGCAGUAUAUAUAACAUGUUAUUAUAAUACUAAAAUAUAUUAAUAUAAUAUAGGUUUUAUAGAUAGGUACGCUAUGUGGCUGAUCCGGGCGUUUUGGAGACUGUGCGGAGUGUUCACCAUCGACCUGUCGUACAACAAGUUUCAAAACGCGUACUCCGCGCUGCUCAUAGCUUCGUGCGUUUACAAUUUCGUGAACGCGUCGCAGGUCAUAUGCAAAGUGGACCACUGGUGCUCCACGUUUUCGUCGACGCUGACGGCCGUUUACGACAGGGUGUUGACGUCCGCCGUGUUCUUAUCCCGGAUCGCGGUCGUGUACGCAUGCAAGCCGAACAUGUCCAGGUACCGAGCGACCAUCAGAGCGUUCGAGGCGUACUCGCCGCCGUCGCCCACGGAGCUCCGGCGGCACAGGGCGUUUUCGCUGGCCGUGGUCGCCGCGUGUCUGGCCGUCAUCGUGCCCACCAACUCGAUCUGCAUGUACUACUUGUGCCGGUACGAGCCCAAUUCGGAUGCGUCGCUGUUCGUCUACCAGCUGUUCAUGUACGUCCAGAACCUGAGCAUGUGCUGCAUCGAGACGCAGUUUGUCGUGCAGUGUUUCAAGGUCUACACCAAGUUUCACGGCAUCAACGGCGAUCUGAAGAGGCUGAAGGACGAAAACCUCAACCGCUCCGAAUACCCGUUUAUGUCGUCCGCGGGCUCGCCGCCGCCGCCGACGUCGCGGGCUGCCGUCGUGUACGACAAAGACUUUUACCGUCCACGGUUCAUGAGCCACCCGACGGCCAACACGGUUGAGUUGCUCAGAAUUAAACACUGGCUGAUCCGACUGUCGAUAGACGCGCUCAACAACCUGUUCGGCGUGCACAUGGGACUGUCGGUGUUCUACUUGUGGCUCAUGGCCUUGUUCGAUAUUUAUUACGAAAUGUUCCACAAAUCUCGGUCGGGACUGUUGGUCUACUGUUGGCUGCUACAAUACACGCUGAGGCUGUUAUUGAUCAUAUUGAUGGCGCACUUCACGACGAAACAGGCACUCGAAGCGAAGUCACUUAUCGCGGAUACCAAUAACGGAACUAUGGAUAGUAGUACCAAAGAAGAGUUACAGUUAUUCAUAAAUCAAAUAUAUAGUUCCACAACAGAAUUUAAUGCGUACGAUUUCUUCACGUUGAACACACAAGUCAUAAAAUCUGCUAUUGCUGCUGGCGCUACAUGUCUUGUUAUUUUGGUCCAAUUUCACUCCGAGAGAAAUUGAAUUCAUUUCCAAUCAAGAUAUCUACAUAUUAUUAUUUAAUAAACACAAAAUUCACGUUACAGCAAAAUAUAGGCAACUACCAACUAUUAUAUUUUAAUUUAAUCAUGCAAAAUCUUUAGUUUUCGUUCCUACCUCUUAUGACUUAUUUCCUUAUCCGAAGAAUAGUGAGAUAUCUUCAAAAAAUAAAUAAGAUCGUCACCGUUAACGUUUAAAGAUACCUAUGUUUAAUGUAAAAUAAUAUCGUAUAUUUAUGCCGGAUUGCACAAAACAUUUAAUGAAUCAAUAGUGAGCUAAUGGUCCCUUAAACAAGAUUAAGUGGCCCGUGAUUGGUCCAUUAAAUUUUUAGUGAAUCAUUAAAUUUAAUAAAUUGUUUAUGCAACCCAGCAUUAAUGUAUUACGAAGCUACUUUUUUUCAAUAUCAUUUAAUUUACUAAAAUGCACUUACUUUUUCGGGGAGGAAUAUCUUGAGUUAUAUAAACCAAAAUAUGAUUUUUACUCAUAAGUCAUAACAAUGUAUUUGAAUGAUAUAAUUUUCUAAUAAUCGAUUGUUAAGUUUUCUAACUCUUCAAUAAUUAUUAAUUUACCUUUAAUUAAUAUAAGGAUGCAGACGUUUUGUGUAUAAUACU